ACGUUGCAACUAUGUUCAAGAGAUGAUGGCUCACAAAGGCUUUAUUCACGCCAUUUGGUGAUAUAUAUGAUGCCAAUAUUCUACCUCUCAUCAAGAAUAUUAACCAUUAGAGUUUUCAACCAUCAUCCGCAUCUUUACAUUGUUACAUUGUUGCUACACAACCUUUAAUCUGGACGAUCUAAUCGCAAAGCUGGUCCCCGAUUAUCACAGCUGUACAUACGACUUUUUCGUCGCGAUGGAAAACUCUCAGACAAUAUCAUCAGUUGUCUCUUCUUACUUAACCUUUGCCAAUCUAAUUUUAUUAAUACUUGGCUGGAUAAUUGUACCUUUUCUCUAUCAAAUCAUCUAUUAUCGCUUCUUUCACCCUCUUAGACUAUAUCCAGGUCCAUUUUGGGGCACUGUAACCAGACUCUGGUAUGCUUUCCAGAGCUUUAAUCAAACCGAAUUGACGACAUAUCAAAAUCUAUUCGAAGAAACUAAAGGUAAUUAUUAUCCAUAUGGUUUUAGACGAUAGGCGUUAAAUAUUACCGAAAUAGCUCCUGUUCUGCGUAUUUCACCAACAACCCUUCUCGUCAAAUCAGCAUUCGCUCUACCCCUCAUAUAUCACCGUACCGCAGUUAAAUCUAGGUUCUACAGUAAUGGAGGUUUCCCUUCUGAACCUGCUAUCUCUAUACGAGGUCAUCAAGCACAUUCAGAUCGUCGAAGGCUCGUCGGACCUCCUUACUCAUACUCGAAGAUAGUUAAAGCGGAGCCCCUCGUUGAUAAAAUCAUCUCGGCAUGGCUUACGAAGUUGAGAACUAUUUUCGCAGAGACGGGAAAAUCCGUGAAUAUGACAAGCUGGGCCACAUAUUUUGCUUUUGAUACAAUCAGCGAAGUGGGUUUUGGGCAAGCUCUGGGUUUCGUGGAAAAGGAAGAGGAUGUAGGUGGAUUGAUUCAAAGUGUACAUGAUGGAGUUGAGAUUUUUGGUGUUUUGGCACAUUUAUAUCCUUUCGUAGAAAGGUUGACAUCAGGACCACUAAAGUCAUUUUUCACUGCAACACCUGAUAUGAAGAAUGGCAUGGGUCAGUUGAUGAGAUGGAGGGAUAAGAUCAUUAAUGCUAGGAUUACAGAAAAUGAGGAAGGAAAAGAAAGAGACCAACUCGACCUUUUAGAAUCGUGAGUAUCUUCCUGCCAUCAAAAUACAUCGCUAUCCAACUAAACUAUGAUACCUCAAGAUUUUUCGAGGCCAGAACACCCCAAGGCAAACCAUUAAGCAGAACCGAAUUAGAAGCCGAAGUUUUGGUUGUACUAGUCGCUGGAGCCGACACUACAGGCACAUCAUUUAGCUCCAUAUUAACCGACAUCCUCUCAUCCCCUAGCGACUACGCUCGAAUGAUGGAAGAGAUAGACACCGGAUUCACAAGUGGCAAUCUCUCCCAACCAAUCCCCAAAGCAGCAGAAGUAUCAAAGCACUGCCCAUUCUACGCAGCAUGCGUGAAAGAAUCCCUCCGACUCACUCCAUCCUCACCAGCACUUUUCCCACGAGAAGUAACCGCCGAUCAACCUCCUUUAGUAAUCGAUGGCAAAACCAUCCCCAUCGGCACGGAAAUCACUUGUUGCUCAUACAUCACAAACAGAGAUAAAGAAAUCUACGGCGAAGACGCCGAUAUAUUUCGACCCGAAAGAUGGCUCGAAGACAACGAAAAGACUAAAAUGUUCGAAAAGUACAAUUUUACCUGGGGAUAUGGAUCAAGGGUAUGUUUAGGUAAAGAUCUCGCUUAUAUGGAAUUGAUGAAAUCCCCUUUGAUGGUACGUCUCCUAUGCAUUCUAUUCAACUAACUAUGCAAUUAAUUCUCGCUAUGCAAUCAAACAACACCGCUAAAAUUUCCCGAUUACUACAGUUCUUCCGCAAUUUCAACUUCAAAUUAUGUGCACCGAGUAAAGAAACUCCUGGGCCUCCUAGACGCGUUAUUCUGGGUGGUUUAUUUCAUUGGGAGGAUAUUUGGCUUGAUUUACGGAAACGUGAGGUUUGAAAUGAAUUGUUGUGUUUUGGUGGGCGGCCGGGCAGGCCGGCGGGAAGAAAGGAGCGGGCGUGCGGAAAGGGAGGAGGGGAGAAAAGGGGAAGAGGGUUAGAUAUCGCUCAUCAUAAUCUUACAAUUGUGCCUUUUUCUUUAUCUUUCAGCUUUAUCUUCAUCGAGUAUUGAGUAUCGAGUACUACCCAGUUAGUUUAAAA